AUGACAGAGUUGUACUUUCUACGUCAUGGCGAACGAAUAGACCAUGCUUUGAAAAGAGAUCCCGAAGCCAAACCUAUUAUAGAAGAUUACCACGAUUAUGAUCCAUCACUAGCAACAACUGCGAUCCCACAACUACAACAAGUUGUUGAAGAUAUUUGUUCCACCACAGAAGCAUUUCAGGAUAAGGAGUCGUCACUACGAAAGAAUGUAUUCAUCCAUUUUAGUCCUUAUUUGAGAUGUUGUCAGACUGCCGAUAUAUUAAUCACUGAGUUGAAGGCGAAAUUUGCCGAACAGUUUGCCAACUAUAAAGUUAGAUUCCAACUACUUGGCGACUUUGCAUUGAGUGAAUGGGUGCAUGACAAAAUGACGAAUAAACCACCAUUUGUUGAUUCAAACGAUGCAUACAAUAUGUAUACUCCCAAUUUGAAGACACUAAAAAAUAAGAAUGCGUGUUCCAAUUUCAGACCAACCGUGACUUUGGGACAGUAUAAUGGGCCCAACUUGACAUACAAGGAUUACCAAACAAGAUGUAAAGAGUAUUUUCAAAAAUUGUUGGCCACUUAUGACAAACCAUCGUAUAUCAAAAACAAAGAUAUCAUAAUUGUUGUGUCGCAUGGAUAUUUGAUCAAUAAUUUAUUGUCGUACUUUAUCAAUCACCCCAUUUUUGAAGAAAUUCCAGAGGCAAAGAUCAAUUUAGCUAGAAGAUUGAAGGGGGAAGAAGUACUGGAUGAUGAGUAUGAUCCAAAGCACUACUAUUGGAAACUAGUCAAGGAUGCACUUGGCAUUGCAGGAAGAGAAGGGGUGGAUACUAAUUUAAACUUGGAGACGGAUAUUGUAUACUACAAAACAAAUUUUAUCAAGAAGGAUGAUCUUAUUGACAAACCCAAGGAGUCAGAUAUCAAAGAUGAAUACAAACCAAGGGCUUCAUUCAAGAUUGAAUCUACUUCAGCGUCAAGAAGUGUUAAUGGAUUACCACCAGCAAGACACAACUACCUUUGUCCAGCAGCAAAAGAUUGGGUGCCUGAUCAAAAGCAUUUCAAGAUUAGGGCUGAGUUUAAGGAAAAGAUGAUAAAUUGUGAAGCGUUUAAAAAGGAUUUUGCCAUCACCAAUCCACCCUCGAGAAGAGUCAGUCCGGAUGUUUCUCCCAAUUCAGCACCCACCAAAUCCAACUCCGUUAUUGAUUUGUCCAAGAUUUUAAGUAAUGAAUCAGUACAACCAAUCAAGCUUCGGUACUCCAAUACUUCGGAAAUCCCCAUCCACAAACUCAACUCACGAGUCAAUUCACAAGUCAAUUUGCAACAAUAUAAUCGUCCUUCAUCAUCGAAUGAAAACUCCAGUACUGAUCUUCCCAAGUACGUUUCUUCACAAUUACAAAAUCGAAGCAGAUCCAGUUCAAAUCCAAACUCGUCAGUAUUUGUUGCUCAUCAUACUAAGGAUUCCUAUUUCCCUCAAGUAAUUAAUCGGGUUAGGUCUAAUGAAUCCGAUAUGUCAAUUGACUCAAUCAGUGAUCAAAGUGUUGACGAGUUGGAUAUCAUCAAGGAACAUAAUGAGCCACUCAAUGCAGCAGCUGCUGCCGCUGCUGCUGCUGCUGCAAAUCGAUCGUCACCAAUCGAAACUUUGAAUCGAGCUCGAUCGAUGAAUAAAAAAAGAAUCAACAAUCCGCUUUUUUUGUCAUACCAACAGAAAAAGUCGCAGAACCAAUUACCUCAAAGUUUGACCAUGCAAUCUGACUCGUUCAAUAAUAGCAAUGAAAAUAGUGGCGAUGAUGAAUAUGACUCAGGUUCAGGUUCAGAUUCUCGAUCUGUGUCUGGAUCAGCAUCAGAUGAUGAAGAAAUGAGCAAUGCUGAUGGCUCAGGGAAACAACUCUCAUUAUCGUUCAAGAACAAGCAAGGCAAACCUUCUGUAAGUUCACCACCACCACCGCCACCACCCUCACAAAGGAGGAGACCAAGAAAGGAUUCGAUAAAGUUUUACUCAACUUUAUCCAAUGGACAGGAUCUGCAACUGCAGCCACUGCAGCAACACCAGCCCGAUGGUAAAGCCACAAAAGCUAGACCGUUUUUCUACAACUUUGAAACUGAUGGAGAUGAUAGUGAUUCUGAGGACGAUUACCACUUCAAAUCAACAAGGGAGAAGGAAAAUGAUUCUGGAAGUAACGAUGGGUUCUGGUUUGGCAAGAACAAGUAA